ACAGCGCCAUUACGGAAGAGUGACGUCUGAAGGAGACGUGCAACAGUCGUGUAUCAUCAUCAACUGCGCCGGGAGCAUCCAUCGAGCUGUGAGCUGCUCCACAUCGCUUACUCGCUAAUAGCAUAUCAGUGCAUUUUAGAAGCAGUCUGCUAUUAUUAUUGUAUAACUAGGUCACAGUUGUAUUUUUUAACUAUAACCUUUCAGGCGAGUCGCACAGUAGUGGAGUCUGCUCACUUCAAUUGAUGAGCAACAUGUGCGACGACAGGAUCAUCGUUCAUUCAUCUGAAGCCACAAUUCCAUCCCUGCUGAAACGCUUGUCGGCUAUUGAACCAGAACGACCAGCAUACAUCUUUGUUGGGAAAAAUAUGAGAACUGUUCUCAGUCGAAAAAAUGUUUAUAUGCAGUCUGGAAAAAUGGCAGCGAAGUUGCGCCGACUUGGUGUAUGCAGAGGAGAUGUUGUUGCCAACAUGUUGUCGACUAGCCCCGACAGGCUUAUCUGUGACUUUGGAGUAUUAAUGGCAGGUGGUGUAUCACAAACUGCUCUUGGAUAUUUGAACAAUGCAGACGACACAUUUGGCGCGCUACAGAUUGCGCAGGCGACAACCAUAUUAGUGGAUCCCGGUGUUAGUGCGGUACUGGCAGUCGUCAUGAAGCUGAUUUCUUCGUCCCAGAAAACCGAGUACGGACUGGAUGUUGAGUGUGCGGAACUCCCUCACCUCAAACGAGUUGUAUUUAUUCAUUCAGUUGAAACUCAGCUUCAAACGGAAACGGAGAUGUUUGUGGAAGACGUACGACCUGCUGAUUUCGCCGUAAUUGUUGAGACCUCUGGCACUUCCGGUGUGUGUAAACAGGUUCCUCACACCCAUAACGCAAUUGUACGUUUCGGGGAACAAAUGUGUUUUCUUAUCGGAGACAAAGGAUCGCCUUUCUACAACGACAGAUUCUUUGGGUGGUUCCCAGGGUAUCCGUGCGUCUACCCCUGCUCGGGAAUAACAAGAGUAGCGCUUGACACUCGAGACAAUAACCUUCCUCCAAUUCUGGACGUUAUCCGCGAGGAAGGUUGUCGUUCCGCUUACCUUGUUCCAAAUGAAAUAGAAGACGUCGUCCAAUCAGGGAUGACACUAGAAACUACGGACAUGCUAGAAGUGGUACUGACAGGGGGUCAACCGAUACUGGGGAACAGCAUGAGGAUCAUAGGAUCACUGACCAAGAAGGUUGCCUGUCGGUACGGAAUGUCGGAGACGAUGUGUAUAUGCCAUCUGUCUGUGGACGACCCUGGGCAGUUCCUUGACCACUGUGUAGGAUUCCCCAUGCCAUCAUAUCACGUUCGGGUUGUGGAUGACAAUGGACGCGAUGCGAGUCCUGGCGUCAAGGGGAGCAUCUUGGUGAAGGGGGAUGGAGUGUUUCAGGGGUACCUUGUUCAUAAUUCCAACCUACAACCUAUCAAUCAGGCGGGUGUGAAAUUGACAGCUGACUGCGAAACAAAAGAGGAAACUAAUAUGGUUGGGAAAUGGUCAGAUGGAGAUCGUUUAAGCCAAGCAGCAUUUACUGACGACGGAUGGUUUCAGACUGACGACAUAGGCUCCUUUGAUUCGGCGGGGAAGUUGUUCGUGGAUGGACGCAGUUCUGAUGCAAUAAUGCAUGGGGAUGAAAUCCUAUACCCUUACUGGUUAGAACAAAUCGCACGACGGUGUCCUGCCGUCCAUGAUGUGGUUAUAGUUCCCGUAAAAGACCCCGUUUUGUUUCAUGAAAUAUGUGCCUGUAUCAAGCCGACUGACGGGUUUCGGGAUCCGUUGUCGGAAAUUCAGAACCUACAUGUCUCUUCAGUUUGCUACUAUACCACACGAAGACUGCAGCAUAAGGCCGAAGUAUUAUCUACUAUUUGACACAUUCCCCAUCAAUAAGAACGGAAAGCCCGACCGGAGGAAGCUUUCUCGCCAGGCCGAGAUCCUGCUUCAUAUAUGAUUGAAAUAGUCUGAAGGAUAA